AUGAAUUUUAACAAACCGGAGUACCCGAGGGGAAAGGGAAACAACAACUCCCUUUCCUCCAAGAUGAUUAACAAGAUGUAUGGCCUGUCAAUUCACAUGUGCGAUUACAUCAUAAGGCCACUCCUCUUUUACUGCUUCACGCCCUUCAUAUUUGGAUACGGACUUCACUACAGUGACGAGUUUACCCUGAACCCAUUUAAACUAAUCCCCAAAAUAUUGAUAGGCUGA